AUGACCUUGCGAAAACAGCAAGAAACAUGGGAGGUCCGGUUGAAAGAACUCAAGGCCUACAAAGUUGCCAAUGGGCAUUGCAAUGUUCCUCUUCACUACGAAGAAAACAAGCAACUUGGUAGAUGGGUCGACAAACAACGCACCUAUUAUCGUCAAAUGAAAGAAGGAAAGAAAUCCUCCAUGACGGCGGAGCGUAUUGAGAAGCUGGAAGGCCUGAACUUUCGGUGGAAGAUUCGUGAUUCAGACCACGUUCCUUGGGAGGAGCGAAUGAAGCAACUCAAGGCCUACCGAGACUUGCACGGUGACUGCAACGUUCCCUACCACCAUCCAGAGAACAAAGCUCUUGGAAAGUGGGUGAGCCGGCAACGAGAGUUCUUCAAGUUUCGUCAAGAAGGGCUCCGUUCCUCAUUGACAGACGAACGAGUGAACGAACUCGCCGAAGUUGGUUUUACUUGGAAGGUCCGAGAUCAAACAGACUAUGUUCCUUGGGAGACACGCAUAAGGGAACUUAAGGAAUACAAGAAGAAGCACGGUGACGUUGUCGUCCCCAAAGACUACGAGGCCAACAAGAAGCUUGGACGUUGGGUCGAUCACCAACUGUCCUUUUACAGCAUGCAACUGGGUGGCCUUCCAACCCCAUUGACUGCCGAGCGCACCAAGGAACUAGAAGCUCUAGGCUUUUCUGAAGAGAUGCUCCAAGAUACCGAACAUUCUCCAAGCAGUGGGCAUUCUAGCGUUCUCGAUGCCAACUGGAAGAAGCGAUUGGACGAACUGAAACAGUACCGAGACGAGCACGGGGAUUGCUCCGUCCCCAAGCGCUACAAGGCCAACACUGCUUUGGGAUAUUGGGUCAAUACUCAAAGAAAGCACUACAAAUUGCUGAAAGAAGGAAAAAAGUCGACAAUGACUAAUGCCCGUAUUCAAGAACUGGAAAAGCUGGGCUUUGCUUGGAAUCAGAACGAAGCCAUUUGGAACAAGAGGAUACAAGAACUCAAGGACUACAGCAAGGAACACGGACAUUGCAAUGUUCCUCGCAAUUAUUCUCAAAAUAUUGAAUUGGCCAAGUGGAUCGAUAGUCAACGCAAGCAAUACAGCAUGAAGCGAGAUGGCAAAAAGGCAUCCAUCACGGAUGCUCGCGUUGCGGAAUUGGAAGGAAUGGGCUUGACUUGGAAGCCCCGCAAGGGGGCUCCUCUCGUUCCUGUGGUUGGGGCGGUGGAAGCAGCAGCUCCACCACCAAAGGCAGCAUCGGUGCCAGCAGUAGCAGCUCCUCCUGCCGUCAAGCCAGCACCGGACCCGGUACCAGUUCCUCCAGCCGCCACCAAACCAGCACCAACAGUAGCUCCUCCAGCCAAACCAGAAGCAGAAGCACCAGCACCAUCAGCAAAGGACGGUCCUGCUUCGGUUGAAAUAUAG